GCAAAAGGCAUUCGUUCGUUCAUAAACAUCGCCUGAACACCAAAGUCACCCUCCAGCAGUUUCGCUUUCUUGCUUCACCCUGCGAUCGAGAUCGAGCUCAACAACCAUGGAGGAUUUAGUGAGUAGCCCAUCUUUCAGGAGCGUCCUCAGCAGCAGUAGCGAAGGGCAGGCUCAGUCAGGAGAGAGUUCUUGGACGGAUUACUUCGUGGAUUUCAUGUUAUCCGAGGAGGAGAGGAAGAGACAGGCAGAUGCUAGCUCAUACUCAUACUGCGCUACCGAAGACGAAGGCGGCAGCAAAUACGGUGGCGAUGGAAGCAACCGCGAUGAGGAGGAGGAGGAGGAAGAAGAGGAGUCCAUGGUCUCCGAUGCCGCCUCUCAUGCCCCUACGACUGCAGGCGCCACCGCACUGAUACCAGCUGGCAGGUACAAGGAGCUGAAGAAGCUCAAGAAAAAGCCUUUCGGCAAAGCCCUGGAUCAUGACGGUUCCCUGGAGGAUACCGCAAGCUCUCCGGUGAAUAGCCCAAAGGUCAGUGUUGUGUCACAGCUGGAAUUGAGUGCUAAAAGGAGGUGCAACAUCAGGGACCUCACCAAGGGAGUCGUUGGAAUUGGCGAUGAUCACGGCGGGGAGGGGAUGGACGUCUGUACAGAUGCAACGACCACGGAAGGAGCGAGGCUUGGUGAUCAGUACCACACGAGCAUAGCUCCAUGUGCGGAGCUGAAGGACAAGGGGAUUUGUUUGUUCCCCUUUUCCGUGCUGCUGCACUACCAUGGGCCAAACUGAGGAAAAAAGCAAUGUGCGAAUGAACAGCAUAUGUAGUGUUUCGCAACUUACACUCUAUGCGCGCAUGCAUGUGUGGUAUGAACGAAUACCAGAAGAAUGUGAUACUGUGGAUAUAUAUAUGUUUUUCCUUAAUUAAUAUAUGUGAAUACUACUA